AUGUUUUCUGUCAAUGCUAACUCAUCUCCACAUAGGUCUUCCAGUCGCGAGAGUCAUACACAUAUCGACAUUACCCACAUCGCUCCCCGCUCUCCCUCCCUGGGCUCGCAAGACGACGAGCUUCACGAGAACGGCGUCCACGUUUCCGCCGGAGUGUCUCCCCAAUAUUCUGUCAUACAUCCCACACAGAGUCAAAGCCAGAGCGGCUCUUCCUCGCACCAGGGAGACUUUGUCCAUCUGCAAUAUCCGAAUGAACUAGUCGAAGGCGAUGGCUCAGAUUCCGUGUCAAGAGUAGACCACCGUGAGCGGAUCCAACACUACGAAUCCAGGUCCAAUUCAGGACGACGUGAGCCGGCUCGCCGCCAGGAAUCCCUUCGUGCUCCAGCGCGUAGUAGGACGCGGGAAUUGCAGGAAUCAUCUCCCACCGAGAGCGGAGACUCUACCGAGGAGUUUCUUCGACAAGAUCUGGAGUCUCGACGAAUGCCUCGUCCUCAAUCCUAUUAUGGGCACAACGGGUAUACGAUUCACAGCGGUUCAUCGGCCCAUUCGUACCCAUAUCCUCCUGUCCCACCCCACGCAGGUCAAGUGGUAGCUCUUCAGCCUCAAGCCAUGGCUGUGCCAUAUCCUCCUCCCUUUCCUCAGGGUCAGCCUGCCCCAUAUCCUCCGCACGGCGCAUACCACACAGGCGGCUUCAACCACCAUCACGCUUCGUCACAAGUCAGCGCGCCAUACACAUCUUCCCCCUAUGGACCGCCUACGAUUGUCAAUUAUGGCGCGCCACCGCCUCCCCCGGGAAGCUAUUUUCCGGGCCAAUACCCGACCCCUUUCGGCCCACAGCAAUAUCCGUCACAGUACAUGCAGUAUCCUCAACCGAUGCCCUCGCAGUUACCCUAUCCAUAUCCAUUUCCUCCCAUCGCAUCGUCCCCUCAGCCGCCUGCUUCGGCAAGGACUUCGGCUGAAAAGCUUGAAGCAAAGAGCGACGAGGACAUCGUCAAACGUCUGCAGGCCAUGAUGAAGGAGGAACAGGCCGCCAAGGAGGCUGAUGCUGCCGAGAAAGCGGCCGAGAAGGCAGCUGAAAAGGCGAAUUUAGCAGCCAGUCUUGCCGAGCAAGAAGCUCGUUUCCGUGAACAGGCUCUUCGUCAAGCAGAGGAGAAAGCCCGACAAGACGCGCUACGUGCCGAAGAAGAGAAACGAAUUCGAGAGCAGGCUAUGCUCCAGGCUGCAGAGAAGGCUCGAGCGGAGGCGGCAGCGGCAGCUGCUCGCGCCGAAGAGGAGCGGCGUAUCCGGGAAGACGCCAUACGGGCUGCAGAGGAGAAGGCUCGUGCUGCUGUAGCUGCAGAAGCGGAUCGCCGAGCACAAGAGCAACGGAUCCGAGAAGAAGCCAGGCUUGAGGCAAUCCGGGCUUAUGAGGAGCAGGUCCGCAAAGCUGCAGAACAGGCUGCACGAGAGCAGCAAAUUCGAAAGGAGGCCGCGGAGGCCGCCCUUAGAGCCGCCGCCGAAGAAGCUCAGGCAAAGGCCGAGAAAGCUGCCGCGGAAAAGAAGAUUGCCGAUGACGCUGCGGCAGCGGCAAAGACGGCAGCGGAGCAAGAAGCGGCAGCAGCAGCCGCCGCUCUCAAAGAGGAGGCAAAAGCAGCCAAAGAGGCAGCAGAAGCCAAAUUAAAGGAGGCUGAAGAAGCGGCGGCCAAGGCCAAAGCAGAGGCAGAGGAGGCGGAAAAGAAGGCCGCCGCUGCAGCCCCUCCAGCAAAGAAAGCGCCAGUCAGGUUCAAGGACGCAAUUGGUCGUAAUUACAACUUCCCGUGGGAGCGAUGUUGCAAAUGGAGAGAUAUGGAAGGUUUGAUUAACCAAGCCUUUGCACAUAUCGAUAAUUUGGCCGAACAUGUCAUGAAUGGCCGCUACGAUUUGAUCGGUCCUGACAAGGAGAUCAUCAUGCCCAACUACUGGGAAUCCACCGUGGAGCCCGAUAUGCACAUCACAAUGAUGCUCUGGCCCAUCCCAGAGCCGAAAGCGGUGGAAGAGGAACCGCCGCCGCCCCCUGAUGUGAUACUUGACACGGACGGCAUUCUCAAUCUGGAUGGGAUCGAUAUCAUAAAUCCACGGAAGGAAAGGAAGGCGGCUCCCAAAAAGAAAAAGCCCACCGGUCUCGCCGGCUGGAUGCUGGGAGGAAGUAGGGGGUCGCGGUCUUUAAAAGGUGAUAAAAAGCCUGAUGUGGCCGCUAAAUCUCAGCACGGUGCCACCGACCAAGGUGCAUGCAUCGUUAUGUGA